AUGACCACUAAUGAGAAGUCGGAUCAUGCGCUCAUUCAAGACGUAGAACGACAAGAUAGGAGCCGGCCGUCGUCUCCAACUCAUGCACCACAGCAGUCGGUCCCAUACAGCGUGCUCUUGACAUGGGAGACAUGGACUGUGGCAGGGAUGGCUGCGCUUGGAAGUCUGUUCAGCCCUCUUAGUGCAAAUGUAUAUUUCCCAGCCAUUCCAACAAUCUCUAAGGCCUUCCAUGAAUCGAUUGAGAAUAUCAAUUUAACUGUGACCGUGUAUAUGAUCCUCCAAGGGAUAUCUCCGUCCGUCUGGGGUUCCAUAGCGGACCGGAAAGGACGAAGACCAUCGUUCAUCUUCUGUCUCCUAAUCCUGUUAUUAUCCUGUAUCGGUCUUGCUCUGAUGCCGACAUCUGCGUACUGGUUACUCGUCGUCCUUCGUUGUGUGCAAGCAGCAGGAUCCGCAAGUACUGUUGCUCUCUCCGCAGGUGUGAUUGCAGACAUCAUUCCAGUGGAGCGACGCGGCGGCUAUACAGGAAUUAUAAAUGUUGGACCACUGGUUGGUCCUGCAGUUGGGCCCGUAAUAGGCGGUGUUCUGUCUGAAAAACUGGGAUGGAGGUCCAUCUUCUGGUUCCUUGCAAUCGCAUCAGGGAGUAGCAUGUUCCUGUUCAUACUCUUCUUUCCCGAGACUCUACGCAGUCAAGUUGGUAAUGGCUCGAUUCCUGCACCAAAAUGGAACCGGGCGAUUAUCCCCAUAAUUGGACGCUCAUCACUUGACAUGGAAAGCGAAAGACCACCUCCCAGGCCUCUUCCCAACCCUUUCAAAUUAUUUAAAGAGCCGGACUUGAUGCUGAUCAUGUUCGCCACGUCUGUCGUAUAUUCUACCUUUUACGGUAUCACCGUUUCCAUCUCCUCGAUUUUUGCCGAUGACUACUCAUUCCUUAAUGAGACGGAAAUUGGUCUGUGCUUCCUGAGUAUUGGAGGUGGAUGCAUUUUCGGGACGGUCACUGCAGGUCGACUUCUUGAUUGGCAGUUCCGGAGGGUGAAAAGGAAGUUCGAGGCUUCCCAGAAACAUGACUCGGAAAAGAAUCGCGACUCUGCCGAGACUCGUGACGUCGCUUCCUCGUUGAGCGCGUAUGACAAUUUCCCGCUUGAGAAGGCCUGCUUGCAGACGCAGCACGUUUGGAUCGUUCUUUUCUCAAUAUGUACCAUUGGUUACGGUUGGUCGUUGCAAUCAAAGACGAGUAUUGCUGUACCACUUAUCUUGCAAUUCUUCUUGGGAUUUUGCAUGACUGCAUCAAUGACGAACAUACAAACGAUAAUCAUAGACUUCUUUCCAUUGCAGGGGUCCUCGGUUACAGCCGCAUUUAAUCUUGUUAGAUGCCUAAUGGGUGCUGCAACGGUAUCAGUGAUCAAUAUAAUUAUAAAUGCGAUAGGAGCGGGGUGGACAUAUACACUGUGUGGAGGACUUUGUUUCCUAACAUGGCCUCUAUUACUUGUAGAGUUGAAGAUGGGUCCAACUUGGAGAAGGCGGCGGGAGGAGCGUAAUCGGAAGGCAAGAGAGACAUCUUCAUGA